CCUCUUGGAAACCCGAUAGUCACGCCACGGAUAUCUCUGUAAGGGCUUAGUAGGACACGGUACUCAAAGAAUGUCGCGCAAGCUUGGAGGUGUUCGUCGAACACACUCUCAAACUGGCUGUGCAUGGCGAUUUUUAAGGCCAAUGAUCACGCUAUCUGUCGCGACGACACGGAAGCAGAUCCAAGACGACUAGAUUAUUAUGGGAAAUACCUUUGCACUCGUUGUUUUGAUCACCGGAGUGGUGCAGCAUUUUCCAGCAUUACGUGGCGUCUACUCGAGCAUCUCCAGGAGCUCGCCUUGGGUAUGCCGAUCAUACUCAGCUUACAGUAGUUCCAGACGAUUCAUCUCGUCCACUUCAACGCCCGUGAAGCCGUACUACAUUACAACACCUAUCUUCUACGUCAACGCCGCCCCUCAUGUUGGCCAUCUGUAUACCAUGGUCCUCACGGACAUCGUCAAACGCUGGAGUGUGCUAAGAGGGAACAAUGCGAUCAUGUGCACAGGGACAGAUGAGCACGGGCUGAAGGUUUGAACUCACGUCAACUGGCAUUGCAUGCGCUGACCAUUCAAGGUGCAAAAAGCAGCUGCAAAAGCUGGUGUAGAAGCCAAGGCCUUUUGCGAUAAAGGCGCAGA